UCGCUAUUUAGCAAGAACUGAAAAAUCGUGUGCUCCAUAAACAUUAUAUCUCUCUUCUCAAUUUCUCUGCAUUCCAAGCAAGAGAGAUAAAGUAUUUCUCUUAUACUUCUCUCUUCAAUAUCCCUCUGUUUACAAGUUCUCUCAUAACUUAAGAAGAAACAACAACUGCAAACCUCACAUUGGGAUGUCGCGGCGGAAGGAGCAAGAGAAAGAGAUGGAGGGAGUGGUUUCGUUUGCAGGAGCUGGAAACUCGAGUAAGUAUAAGAAACGAAAUUUUGGUCUUUUGAUUUUAAUUGAAAGGCUGGGUUUGGUUCUUAUACCUGCUCUAAUACUAACCUUGACUCUUCCGUUUUUGCGGAAUGAAGAUUAUUGGGAGGUUAGUAUUUGGAAAUGGGAAAUCAUGAUUCUGUUUUUAGUCUCGGGUCGGUUAUUGUGGCGUUCUAUCAUUAGGAUUAUUGUGUUUUGGAUUCAAAGAAAAUUUCAAUGGAAGAUCAAGGUUCUUUACUAUGUAUAUGCUUUGAAGAAAACAGUUCAGAAUUAUAUAUGGUUAUUGAUACUUUAUUUAGCAUGGUCUUUCUGGUUCCGGCUGAUCAACACUGAUUUGAAAGAUUUGGAGACAGCUCUGUUCUGUUCUUUUCAGGCUCUUUCAUUAUGGCUCUUCAAAACCUUAAUUGCUAAAGUGUUAACCACUCAUUAUUAUUUGACAACAUAUUUCGGCAACAUUGAAGAGUCGAUCAACAAUCUCUUAUGGAUUAAUAUGCUUUCUGGAUCACAUAUGGUAAAAAUUCAAAAGACUAAAGCACAAGAGGAGGAAAGGCGUGCUGCUUGUAACUUGUCUAACAUCACAAUUGAAAGGCCAAGGAGUGAGAUUGAAUAUGGUGGUGGAAUAUCUUUCAAUAUUUUGUCUAAGCUGAAUCCAAAAUUUGUGUCUUCUUUAGAAAUGAAGAGCUUAAUAAAAACAUUCACCUACAGAGCACUUGAUUUGGAAGACGACCAUUCCGCAUUAGUCACAACUGAAAAGGAGGCUAAAGCAGCAACCGAACAAAUAUUCAGAAAUAUUGCUAUAUGUGGUUCCAACUCCAAGUAUAUAGACAUUGAGGACUUGAUGCCUUUUAUGAUUGAAAGUCAAGCUUCUCAAAUUGUAAAUCACCUUAAAGGGGCAUCAGAUUCUGGAAAAAUAAGUCAAACUGCCUUGAAAGACUGGAUUCUGAAUGUGUUAUGGGAGAGAAGAACACUUAUUUUAAAAAUAAAUGACACCAAAUCACCGGUCCCAAAGUUAUACAACUUGUUGAACUUCUUAACUGUCCUUGAGAUUUUUGUUCUAACGAUUUUGAUUUUGAUUUGGGAAAUGGUCACUACCAAAACCCUUGCCGUUAUUGGGUCACAGUUCGUGGUUGCAUACAUAUUGAAAAACACAUUGACCGCUGCUUUUAAAGGAAUAUGUUUUGUUUUCUUAAAACAUCCCUAUGAUGUAGGAGAUAGAUGUGUCAUCGAUGAUACAGAACUUGUUGUUGAAGAAAUAAACUUACUGCAUACUGUGUUUAUAUCGUUCGAACAACAACUCAUAACCAUACCCAACAGCGAACUUAGCAAGAAAGUCAUACUUAAUCAUAAUCAUAGUCCUGAAUUGGAAGAGCCUCUGCAAUUUUAUAUUGAUGUAUCAACUCCCGAUGAAAAAGUUUUAAUGUUGAAACAUAGAAUAAAGAAUUACAUGGACAGAAAGCCAGAUCAGUGGUAUCCUUCACCUACCAUAACCAUGGAUUAUCUGGAAAAAUUAGGCAAGGUAAAAGUGGUUGUCUGGCCAACUCUGAGAAUGAACUUCGUAGGCAUGAGAGAAAGAGGCAUCAGGAGAUCUAUGUUGAUAGAAGAGUUGAUGAAGAUCUUAAGGGAUCUUGAUAUUCUAUACUUUAUGCCUCUAGAGGUAAAUUGUCUCCCUGUUAGUUGUUGAACAAAAACUACCUAGUACUGGUCAUGACAAAUUUCUGGUUGGUUGGCUCUAUUAGAGAUAUAAGAGGUUAGUUAGAUUAAUUAUUAGUUGGUGUUCUUUACAUAAUUAGUUAGUGUGUAUUUAUAUGCUUUAGAUGGUCAAAUUGUAAUAAUGUCUUAACUUGUUGAUUGGAAAGCUGAGAUACCUUCCUUCUGAGAAGGAGAAGGAUAACAAGUUUGCUCCUAAUGAUAUUAUGCAGAUUAUUGAUUA